AUGCGGCCCAUUGAAGAUCUCGCCAUCAAACCAUUCUCAAAGAGGCGAGCAACUGGCGAACCGCAUGGAAUUGAUGAGUGGAUAGAGCUGUUACAGCCGCUGUUGGGCGAGGAGACGAGAGAACGGUAUGAAGACAUGCUCGCCGGGAAAGUGAUCCUGAUUGAUGUUCGGCUUUUCGGUGGUGGGGGAUCACAUAUUUUGAAGCAAACUGAUAUGGAGUUUCUUGAUUUUGGGAUGGAUAGGGAGAGUUUUGAGGAGGGCGUGGUCAGGGGACUGAAAGCAGGUAGUAGAGCCGAGCAAGCGGGUUUGAAAGAGGGGGAUAGGAUUGUAAAAAGUUCCUAUCUUUGGAGGUGCGUGGAUCACUUUGAGGAGAAGAUUACGGUAGCGGUUGAAAGGGAGGGAGUGGAGAUGGAGAUCAGGUAUUGGCCGAGGGGCUGUGAGAUGGCAAAGAGUUGGCAGAUGGUCAAGUGGAUGAUGAAUGAUCUCUGUACUGAAUUCGAGAGCGAUUUAGAUAAGGAAAACUCAAUCAACACCCCUGCAGCACAGAUUUGA